AUGUGCACUUUGGUGUAUGUGAUUGGCGACGUGCUCGAAGCCACCGAGGCCUGCGAAACUUCUCUAAGACUGUUGUCCUCGAGCUCCUCUUUCUCGUCGUCGCUGUUGAUCAGGUCCGGGAUGAUGGGGGAAAUAAGGUUCAGCUCCCAUUUGGCAACGCCCGUCGUGGCCUCCGUGCUUGGCUGCGCACCCGACGGCAUAAUGCUUGGCGAGUACUCCUCGACGCUGGACUCGUACACUUCGUCGUCCUCUUCAUCUUCGUCGUCGUCCUCUUCGUCGCCGUCGUCAUCGUCAUCGUCAUCGUCCUCUCCGUCGUCUUCUUCGCUGUAA